UUGCCUGGUGCCUUCCAUCCGGUGAGUACAUAAACUCUGAAAACAGUAAACAAUUGACAACAGUUUGCAUGUACCUAGCCGUGGCAUUGAUAAUUAUAGUGGCGAGCUUAUUCGGCUUUCAAAUUCGCAAUGGCGCCCCUAGAAGCAUGUGUCUUGGUGCUCAGUAUCGCCGGAGCCAUAGCGUAUAUCCCCCAUGGUUCUAUUGGGGAAAAGGACCCCAUGCUUACCGAGGCUUUGCUCCGUGAAGUCGUCGACCGCAUGGGGCAAGAGCUGAACGAUGCCCCGUUCCUGGACUUCCCAUCGUCCAACGAGCACCGCCUGGCUCUCAUGGUGCGCGCCAACAAAGACCUCGAGAACGAACAGCUGGACUAUGACUCGCUGCCCGAAGGCAACCCCAACCCCAGCCUCAGAGACCAAGAGUUCUUGCCGCACAGCUCCCUGUGGGGCCACCAGUACGUGGCGGGCGGAGCUGGGGAGGGUGAGCAGCGCCUGCACCCGUCGGGGCUGGUCCCCAACCGCGCGCUGGUGAAGACCGAUGCCGUGCUGCCCGCCUACUGCAACCCGCCGAACCCCUGCCCUGUUGGAUACACUGAGGAGCAAGGCUGCCUGGAAGAGUUCGAGAACACGGCCGCGUUCAGCCGCGACUACCAGCAGGCGCAGCGCUGCAUGUGCGACGGGGAGCACAUGUUCAGCUGCCCCCCGGACGGAGACCUGGACCUGCGCUUCCCGGAGCACCACAAGAGCCUCGUCGCCAAGAAGUUCGGACGCGAUGUGGAGAACCCUUUCCUUGCCGGCGAGCGUCUACCAAUUGCUGCAAAAAAGGGCUUUCUAGUUUAAAACCGUCGACUAGUUAUUGGAGAUUCAACUCCUUCUAUUUAAUUUAGAAUGGUAUAAAAUCGGUGUUAGUUAGAAAAAGUAAAAUAAUGUUUCUACGUCUGUCUAUAAAAUUUUCACCAUCUGAUGAAUAAAAAAAACAGUAUAAUAAAAAAAAAGUUUCCAGG